UUCCCAAGGGUUUAAAGUGGAAGGCAUCACUUUUACAGAGACAAAGGCAUCACUUUCACAGGGACAAAUUUUGAUACCGCUGAACACCUUCUCCAGAAAAACAUGGCGAUGGUAGUGAUAUGUGGUCAACCAUGUAGUGGUAAAUCAAUUGCUGCUCAGUGCUUGUCUGAUGCUCUUCAUGCCGUAGAUCAGAAACUAACUAUCAGGAUUAUUGAUGAAUCUUCUUUUCAUCUUGAUCGAAAUCAAAGUUAUGCUGAUAUGACUGCGGAAAAGAAUUUGAGGGGGAUACUAAGAUCUGAAGUUGAUAGAUCCUUGCCAAGGGACAAUAUCGUUAUCGUAGACUCUUUGAAUAGCAUUAAGGGUUACCGAUAUGAAUUAUGGUGUUUGGCCCGUGCUGCUGGAAUAAGAUAUUGUGUACUAUUUUGUGAUGUAGAAGAAAGUAGUUGUAGAGAGUGGAACAAGGAACGGAUAGAGAAAGCUGAAGGGUCAUACAACGACAAAAUAUUUGAAGAUUUAAUAAGAAGAUUUGAAAAACCGGAUAAACGCAAUCGGUGGGAUUGUCCGCUUUUUGAGUUGUAUCCUUCUAAAGAUAGAAUAGAACAGUCAUCUGCUGCUAUUGUCGAGGCUGUAUCAUAUUUGACCAAAAAAGUAGACUCAAGGACCAAAAGUGUUAAACUUCUCCAGCCUACUGUCGCUACUCAAAACGUUCGUGUUUCUGAGGCAAAUUCACUUUAUGAGAUGGAUCGUGCAACACAGGAGGUUAUCAAUGCGAUUAUAGAAGCACAAUCACAAGCACUCGGAGGACCUACGAAUGGCAUUUCUCUUGGUCAAAAUUUACCAACCAUAAACAUUCAGAGAUCUGUUGGGUUGCCACAGCUUCGGAGCUUGCGUCGAACAUUCUUAAAAUUGACUGCUCAGUCCAGCUUGAGUGGGCCAGCACCGCCAGCAGAUGCAAAUAUCGCAAAAAGGAUGUUUGUUGACUAUUUAAACAGGGAAGUAGGAGCUGUUUGAUUAAGAAUCCUAUUAUUGGGGCUACAAAAGGGGUGGAAAGUGGAAAAUUUGAGGCUUCACAGGGUCACGAAAUAGUAAAUGAAGCUAUCCCCUAUCAUAUUAUAUUUCUUAAUGUCUAAUAUACCCUUUUGUGAAUUAGUGUUAAUUAUGAUGUUUAACCAACCUAAUUAUAAUUAGUGAUUGGAUUAGACUAUUCUAAUGAUCAAUCUAUCGAAAAUUAAGAAGAAAAAAAAUUGUUUUGUUUUC